AUGGUUGAAAUGCAGAGUGCUGUUUGUGAAUUAUUCUCCCUAAAGUUGAACAAGAAGAUAAAGUUACUUGGGAAGCCCUCUGCUAACGGCGUCUUGUCAUCAGGAGCAAGAGUAGAUUGGCAUCACUCAUAUGGGGACCACUGUUUCUCAUUAAAGUCAUUGAGUUUUGCAAGAAUUACUCAUGCCCAGUUGAUAAAAGUUGGGUUUAAUAGACAUACUUUUCUGGGUAAUCGGUGCCUUGAUUUAUACUCAAAGUUUGGCAAUUUUAAUGAUGCUUUGAAAGUGUUUGAUGAUAUAAGUGCUAAGAAUAUUAUAUCUUGGAAUAUCUGCUUAAAGGCGUUGUUAAAGUUUGAUCAUUUGGAUUUGGCGUGUUCGGUGUUCGAUGAAAUGCCUGAACGAGAUGUUGUUGGUUGGAAUUCGAUGAUUUCAGGCUAUGCUUCGUGCGGAUAUUUUGAUUGUGCAUUGGGAACUUUUUGGGAAAUGCAAAAUUGGGGUGUGAGACCGAGUGGGUUCACAUACUCAAUUCUAAUGUCUCUGGUGUUUGGUGUUCGACAUGGAAAGGAAAUUCAUGGUAGCAUUACUCGGAGUGGUCUGGGUGCAUUGAAUGUGGUGCUUGGGAAUUCUUUAAUUGACAUGUAUGGGAAGCUUGGUUCUUUAGAUUAUGCUCUUGGUGUGUUUUUGACAAUGGAAGAGUUGGAUGUUAUCUCUUGGAAUUCAUUGAUUUCAGUAUGUUGUAAAUCAGGAUAUCCGGAGCUGGCAUUGGAUAAGUUUUGUUUAAUGAGAUCCUUCGGGUAUUCACCUGAUGAGUUUUCAGUUUCUGUUGUGAUUACUUCCUGUUCGAAUUUGCGAAAUUUGGAGAAGGGUAAGCAGAUUUUUGCUCUUUGUGUCAAAGUGGGAUUUCUUUGUAAUACCAUUAUAUCAAGUGCCACUAUUGACCUGUUUUCCAAAUGCAACAGAUUGAAGGAUUCAGUUCGGCUUUUUGAAGAACAAGAUCAAUGGGAUUCUGCACUCUGCAAUUCCAUGAUUUCAAGUUAUGCUUGGGAGGAUAUUAAGCCUACUGAGUUCACAGUAAGCAGUGUUCUACAUUGCAUUUCCAUUCUUCAGUUGGACCAAGGAACUCAGGUCCAUUCCUUGGCGGUGAAGUCAGGUUUGGAAUUGGAUGCUAUUGUUGCCAGCUCACUGGUAGAGAUGUACAGUGAAUUGGGUUUCAUUGAUUGUGCUAUGAGAAUCUUUAAUAAGAUGAUUGUAAGAGAUUUGAUAACCUGGAAUACCAUGAUUAUGGGUUUGACUCACAAUGGUAGUGUGUUUGAGGCCCUGCAAACCUUUAAGGAACUACUUUGGAGAGGUCUGCCACCAGAUCGAAUAACACUAGCUGGGGUUCUGUUAGCCUGCAGCUUUGGGGUUUUUAUCAAGGAAGGAAUGGCCAUAUUUUCUUCCAUGGAGGAAAGAUAUGGGGUUACACCUAGCAAUGAGCAUUAUGCUUGCCUUGUGAACUUGUUGUGUCGAGCUGGUAUGCUUGAUGAAGCAUUGGAUGUUGCAGGAUCAAUGCCUUAUGAGCCUGGUUCUUUAAUCUGGGAAUCAAUACUUCAUGCUUGUUUGAUUCAUGGAGACCUGAAACUCUCUGAAAGAGUAGCAGAGAGGUUGAUAGAAUUGGAGCCACAUUCAUCUCUGCCUUAUUUGGUAUUGGCUCGGAUGUAUGAAGUAAAGGGUCAAUGGGAGGGUGUGGUUCGAGUUAAGAAAGCCAUGAAAAGGGAAAGGGUGGAGAAGGUGAUUGGAUGCAGUUGGAUUGGAGUAAAAAACCAAGUACAUACUUUUAAGGCAGACCAAUUACAGCAUCAUGGAGGCAAAGAGAUAUAUUUAGUACUGAGAUUACUCAAUUGGGAGAUGGAGGCUAACUCUAAAGGUACGGCUGUACCUGUAUGUGUCUGUCUUAAACCUAUGUAUGCUCGCCUGACAUCGAUUCUUCUGGAUUCUGGUAUGGUUAACUUCGCACUAAAAUUGCUCUUAUCAGUUGCUCUUUUUCUUGGAUGCAAGUAA